AUGUCGUUUAUUUAUAGGAGGGCGGCGCAAAUGCUGUCGAGGUGCGCGCAGGGAGGGGGCAUCAAAGAGGUUCUGCAUGAGAAGGAGGACCCGUCCAUUAGGAAGCUCUACUUCAUCCUGCACAAGGCGCUGGAAGACCUGGACAUCCUGAACCAUGUGUACGCCGAGCACCUGUCCAAGUGUUGCAAGAACAAGUUUCUGGGAAUCGUCCUCCUGUGCGUGCUCGUGCAGAGGAGCAAAAUCGACGGGGGUGGGAAGUUAAAAAAGGAAAUACUGAAGAGGCAGAAGGAGAUUCUCCACCUUUACAACUGCUUGAAGGAGAAAAAGGAAAGCAACAGACAGACUGAGAAGAAGAAACAGCUAGCCAAAUAUUUUAUCAUAUAUGACCAGGGAGGAAGUAGCGACGCCUUGAACAAACUGAAGGAACUCCUUCCAGUGGAGGAGGACGAGGAUGUAGAAGGUCUCUACAAAAUUGAAAGUGACAAGUUAAGCACUCUCAUUGCUACCCCCACGUAUCAGCAACACAAUGUGAGAAUAAUAGACAAGACGUCCUGUCUAGUAGUGCAGGCGGGAAACAUCAAAGAGGGGAUGGUCAUCGUGGAUGUGUGCUCAGCGCCGGGAAGCAAAGCCAUAUUCACCCUCACGCUGCUAAACGGGAAAGGUUACCUUGUGUGCAUCGAGAAGGAUAAAAAAAGGUGCCUGACCCUACUACAGGAGAUAAUGAACCAGAAUCGGGAGUAUGACGGAAUCUACCUGGAUGAAGAUUUCUCGGAGGAAAAUAAAUUAGCCCUAACGGAAAGGAACUUUUUUGCAAAGCAUGGAGGUACGAAUGUUUACUACAUAAGACACCGACGUAGUGAGAUCGUCAUCAAAAUUUUUAAUGUGGAUUUUUUCCAGUUGACUGCAGAUGACUUUGCGUCGCUUGGGAAAGUGGACGUCGUGUUCGUUGACCCCUCCUGUUCGUCCAGCGGCAUGCCCGACUUCGCGCACAAGGAGUGCAUGCAACGAGUGUUCCUCCCUGGGGGGGAAGACUCCAAAGUUAGGCAGCACAGUGAAGAAGGUGGCAAAGAUAGGCAGAACAGUGAAGAGGGGGCCAAAGAUAGGCUACCCUCUGAAGUGGAAGACCUCCCUCCAGAGGAGCCACCCCCGACGCGCGACUUCUACGAUGACGUGGCGGAGGGAAGAAUCCCAAAGGUCCCCCCUCCCUUUCAAGACAAAGUCAACCGGCUCGCCGAAUUUCAAAAAAAAAUUUUAAACCACGCACUAGCCACGGUGAAGACAGCCGAGACGUUUGUGUAUUCCACGUGUUCCUUUUUUGAAGAAGAAAAUGAGCAAGUUGUCGAAUCUGUGCUGCAGUCCAAUCUGGGGGUCUGUCUAGAGAAGGCAGGCAAGGAGAAGUUCCUCUUUAAUCGCGGCAGGUCCGUUGUCUCCAGUCAGUACGUGCGCACCUUCCCAGAGCUGCAUGCCUGCAGGGGGAUUUUCGUCUCUAAGUUGCGUCGAGCAUAG